AUGAAAAAGAUGAUAAACGAUGAUGAGGAUGGUAAGAUGAGUGAUGCAAGUGAUCAUGUUGGCACUCACAAAAAUUGCGAUGAAAGGGAUUGCAAUAAAGAAGAUGAUGGUGGUGAUGACGUAGAUGAUGACGUAGAUGAUUUCUUCACCAUCAAAAUUUCACUCAGUGAUAAUGUUUUAAUUUCAAUAAUUGAAACGUUGGAGUCAGACAUCAAAGAAAUGACCGACCAGUACAACGAAGGGAGAAAUAAUUUCUAUGCUGAUCUCCACAGACGAAUCAAUGAACUUUGUUGCAGAUAUGACAAGUUGCGCAGCCACUCUGCAACAACAGCAACAACAACAAAAACAACGACGACAACGACAUCUUCUUCUUCUUCAUCAUCAUGUAACAACAAUCUUCAAAAAUGCCAUUCAGAAACGAGUGUUGUUGAUGCGGAUAGUAAAAAUUUCUACAUAUACAGUGGAGUGAAGAACUGGUUGAUGUCGUCAAAACUUGUAAAGAUGUUGAAAGAGAACUUAAAUUUUUCUCACAAUAGCAACGCUGUUUUUGAAAAGAGCACUUCCCAAGGUCAGAAGUUCAUUCAAAAUAAUCUGUUCGGUAGAGAUGAACGAUUCCAUCAAAGUUCUCACAACACCAAGAAACAGCAUUCAUACCAGCAGCAAAAAUGUAACAAAUUUCAAAACUCCCCAACCGAGCAACACUAUCAACCAUCACAGCAACUUCAAGAGAAACAGCGCCUAGGACAUCGUCAGGAACAACACCCCCAACGAUGUUAUCACUCGCACAAUCAACUGCAGCAUCAUAAACACGCGCAACACCAACUCCAACAACACCAACAAAACUUUAAAGACUACCGUCAACUAAUCGAAUACUGGCAUGUACCCUGUGACGUCAUUACGGUGGCCACACCCACAUUCAUCAACUCAACAACAACAACGGUGACAAACUACAACAUCUCAACAACAACUGAACAGUCACGCAAUUAUUACUGCCCACAGAACGGACAACGUACUAAACUUUUUGAUCAGCAACACUACCGGCAUGACUAUCAACAUAAUCGGAAUUAUAAAUCUAACAAUAUUGCAAACCACAAUGACCCAUCAUCAGCAACAACAGCAACAUCAAUUUCGAAAACAACAUCACUUUCAACAAUAACAACAAUAAAAACAUUGUUGCCAUCAUUUCACUCCACCUCAUCCUUACAAGAUCUUCAGUGGAACAACGCAAACAAAAACAGACCGUUGAACAGGAAUGGCAACGCGCUGAACAAGUGCAGCCGAUUUCUGCCUGACUACGACGCAUUGGAAGUUCGAAAAAAUUUUAACAAUUUGGACAUCUGCAACAAACAAUACAACACCAAACCCAACAUUCUGAAUAAAUACAAAUGCAUUGCAACUGAUACAACAAAGAAGUACAACACGUUCGUAUGCAACGAAUACAAACCACCGAACAAAACAAACGAAUGCACGCAGAAAAAAACAUUCACAAGCAUGAAGAAAAACCCGCCGUGGAAACAUUGUGGUACCGCAACGAUCACCGCGACGACCGCCAACAGGUACGCAACAAAAUCAACAAAACUCGCGACGACGACAACAUGCGUUUCGGCUUUGAAAUCAACUAGAAACAGCUGCUGGCGGCCUCAGUUUUAUGUACCACUCUGCAGAGAUGAACACGUCGAAAAAAUGAAAGUGAUGCAACAGCAGAGACAAUACGAACUCUACUGCUUGCACGUGCAACAACAACUCCAGCAACAACACCAGCAACAAUAUUACAACAUGUUGGAAGGCUGUCAAUAUUUGAAACAACAGUACAUGGAACGACAGAAACAACAACAGAACAUUGCUCCCGACUAUGUCGACAACGCUCUUCCAGUUGUUAACCGUAUUCCUCAAUCUUCAAUCAUGAUUACAUAUUCAGAUGAUGGAAAAGAUUAUCAACAACAACAACAGCAACUCAGCCAGAAAUGCAGUUCACUUUCACCAUCGCAGAGCCAUCAGCUGCAACAGUUUCAAAAGCAGAAAUGCCUCGAGGACAAACCAGAGCAAGCAAAACAAAAAUCACUGAAGGAACAAAUGAAGGAAUGCAUUAAAAAGUACGGCAGCAAACUGCAGCAGCAGCAGCAACCGUCCUGCAGCACGUCGCUCGCUGAUUACAAACCCAUACCAAAAAGUUGGUGGGUUGAUGUCGAAAACAAACAGAAACAACUCUCGAAAAAAUCUUCAUCCUUCUCCAGUUGCGAUGGAGUUAUCCAACGACUUAAUGAAAAACAUCAGCAACAACAAAAUCAACAACAACUUGUUGAUCAAAAUCAGCAGUGCCAACUGAAACAACAAGAAAUAGGACAACAACAAAAUGGCCAACAACGACAACAAUUUCAAAAGCAGUGUUCUGCAUUUUCUUGUUCGGAUAACGAAUCGAUUGAUAAUAAAAUAAUUGCAAAAAUUGAAGAAUUUUUGAAAAAAUGUUCCGAUCGCAUGCAACAGCAGCAGCAGCAGCCUCAACAACUUCUACUGCAGCAACAGACACAACAGCCGCAACAACCACAACAACGCGCAUAUGAUGAAAAUUUAUUAUUAAAUCGUUCGACAAAAUCCCGCAACCAAUACUGUCAGACGAUACAAUCUCAAACUACGCAAACAGACAUGUGUCCUUCAUACACCAGCCAGCUGGUUGCACCAUCCCUACUCAACGCCGAAAACAUGAAGAGUGGAAGUCUUAAAAGUUUUGUUCUCCUCGAAAAAGUUCAAUACGAAAAGGAUUUGCAAAAUAUUUUUAAGCAGGACCAGCGGCAAAUUCAACAAACCCACCAACAGAUAAGUGACCAACAGCAAAGGCGAUCAUCGCAAAACAUGCCAGAAGCAGUUCAGAGAAAAAGUUCACAAACAUGUUCACAACAUUCAAAUUCGCAACAACCUCAUCUUCAACAACGACCACAAAAACUACUACAAGAACUACGACAACAGCAACAACUGUCACAGCAACCACAACCGCAACAACGACAGCAACAGCAUGCACAAAAUUCAUCAAAAAUCUCACAAAAUCUCAGAUUUGAAAAUGUCUGCAGCGAGAAUCACGCCAAAUACGGACUGGAUGACAAAGUUGACCUUCCAUUAACUGACGCCAGUAAAAAUGAAUCCGUUGUCGUUGAAAACAAAGCAUCAAACAGCAAACAAAAAGCCAUCAAAGAAUCGAACAUGGAGUCUGUGGGAAGUUUUCCUAAAGAAAUUGUAGAUAACAACAAAUAUAUCAAUCUAAAAUACUGCUAUGAAAAAAAUCUACAAAAACAACAACCGCAGCAACGACAUCAACAGCAACAGCAACAACAACCGCAACCGCAGCAGCAACAACUGCAGCAACGACAUCAACAGCAGCAGCUUCAAUUUAAGCAAAUUAACUCUGAUGUUUGCAGACGAGCGUUAUCGAGCUGCGAUGGUUAUCGGAACGAUCGUGGCGACAAAGUAAGACUGAACACAUUGACGACUGAUAGUAAAAAUAACUCAGAAAUAUGUACACCUCUCAAUCAGUCAUCCACUCUUUCUGACAAGAAAUUAAAGUUGAAAGAUUCAAAACAUUCGAACAGGGGCGCGACUAAAAUUGAGAGCAAACAUACCGAUGAAAACAAAUUAGAUUUACAAAAUAUCUGUAGAAAAACCAAAAUAUCGAAAGAUAAAACAAAACCAAAAGUUGACUUGGGUUUUUUAAAAUCUGACAAAAACUUGUUUAAAUUUCAGACAAGAACAUCAUCUUCAUUGAAACCUCUGAAAGUUUCAAACUGUCUUGAAAUGUUCAAAACGAAUCAAGAAGCAUUCAAAAGCAAGUUAAUUCCUUCUAAAAACAUAGACUUUAUGAGUUACUUUGAAAAGAUGAAAUACAAAGGAAAGAUUUGCAAGAGGGAAACUGGAAGUUGUGAAGAUGCUGAAACAUCAACACCUGAUGGAGACUGUAGCGAGGUGGAGAACUUCAACCGCAUCCGCUUACUUGACUUCGAUGCUUGCAACAAAAUUAAGCGUUAUAAAUGUGAAGAGAUUUUGAAAAAUAGAUUAUUCAACGAGACCGAACAUCUGAAGACUAGCGAACGGAAGAGAUGGGGCAGCAACAGAUUGGAACAUUCAAGAGAGUCCCUCGCGGAGAACGUUGAUGUGAGUGCAUGUUGGAAGGAAGCUGAGGCAAUUAUGAACAAAUACCGAUGGGCCGGUAACAUCUCGAGACGUAAGUUGCUGGCCCUGCAGAACCUAUGCGACUACGGCGUGAACAUUGAUCUGAAACAACUGAAAAUCAACAGGAGCAGGAGAAACUGUCAGGUGAACAUUUUGAAGAAUAUUUGCGGAAAUCUCGUUAAAUCUUGCACUACUAGUGACCACCGUCUUCUCACCGUAUGUAGGCAAAUUAAUAACGAAAGCAAUUUCAGCCAUAGAAAGGAAAAAGUUGCUGACGCAAGCAGUAGUAAUGAGAUUAACAAGAGACAUAAUCACAGAAGUUGCAGCAGUAACAGCAGUAGAGACAUAUGUAACAAAGAAAACUGUCUAACGAAAGUUAAAACGUUCAGUAAGACUCUCAAUCGAGUGACGGAGGGUCGUGUCAGCAAGAAUUGUUGCUCAAAUCGUAAGAGACAGAGCUGGAACAUAACAUCAAAAAUUUAUAAGAAAGGAAGUUUUUUCCCAAACUGGUUAAAAAAAAUUCUAACCCGCAAACUAAAUGGACCUGACUGUAGUGAGCCAACUAGGAUGGAUGAAGUGCGUGAAAGCAGUUUGGGUACGUCGUCGUCAUCUCGCUGUGAGAACUGCGCGCAACAUUGUGGCAAUGUCGAUCCAAGUAAUGUUAUGAAACGUAACAGUAGCUGCAACAUCAGCAGACUGCAGCAACAGCAGCUGCAACAACGACAGCAGCAGCAGCGUUGUUCAUCUUUUCCCAGAUGUCCUCAGCGUAACAACCCAACAACGGCGCUAAUCAACUGCGACAACCGCAGUAGCGUCCUCAUCCAAUCAGCGUACGUCAGCAAAUCACGUGACCACUCCAGGCCAAACAUCAACAAAUAUAAACAGUUUUCAGAUGGAAGUAAGCAAACUCUACAGUUUAAUCCUAGAGCGUGCAGACGACAUGGCGAUGAAAAUAACGAAGAUGAUGCCGAUGGCGACACGCUGAUACACAGUUCACCAUCCCAUUCGUCGCAUCGUUACCAUAAAACUUCAAAACAUUCCGCAGACUGUGGAAACAGGCGUCUGACUCCAUUUCCACAUUUUUACAAGAGUAUUGAAUCUUCGACUUCCGAUAGAUCGUCAUCACGUGAGUCGAUGACGUCAUGCAUAUAUCAGAUGCUGGCCAGGCGGAAGUUAGAAAAGAAGAUUCAGGAUCAUUGUUUAAAGAUGGACAUGAAAAGAUUUGGAUGCUCCUGA